GGGGGAGAAAAACCCCGCCCACUCCUUAGGGGAGCACCUCACUUCCGCCUACUUUCGCACCAUUUCCGGCGCGGGGGCGCUGGCGUCACUCCAGCCAAUAUAGCCGCGCCAUUUGUCGCGCGCCGCGGCGUCACUGCUCUUCCAAACGGCGUUUUCCGACGGCCGGCGGGGCCCGGGGGCUCGUCUGAGGCUCUUCUCCGUGACGACGCUCGGGAGGCAGCAGCGGGCCAGGAGGACUGGGCGCGGCCUUCCUCGGUGGCCACCAUGAUGAGGCGCAGCAAGGCGGAGGUGGAUCGCUACGUCUCCUCGUUGCUGGCCUCGGCCCCUUCUCCCAGGGAGAAAUCCAUGAAGGGAUUCUUUUUUGCUAAGCUAUACUAUGAAGCAAAGGAAUAUGACAUUGCUAAAAGGUACAUAUCUUCAUAUCUCAGUGUCCAAGAAAGAGACCCCAAGGCACACAGAUUCUUGGGACAACUCUGUGAAGCUGAAGAUAAUAUAGAGAAAGCUGUUGGGUGUUACAAGCGUUCAGUGGAACUGAAUCCAACACAGAAAGAUCUUGUAUUGAAGAUUGCAGAGCUGUUAUGUAGCACUGAUGUUAUUGAUGGAAGAGUCAAAUACUGGGUUGAGAGAGCAGCCAAACUGUAUCCUGGAAGCCCUUCAGUUUUCCGAUUGAAGGAGCGUCUGUUGGAUUGCAGAGGCGAAGAUGGCUGGAAUCAGCUUUUUGAUUUGAUUCAGUCUGAAUUGUAUGCCAGACCAGAUGAUGUAUAUGUUAACAUCAGACUGGUAAAGCUGUAUAUGUCAAAUAAAAGACUAAAAGAUGCUGUGGCUCAUUGUCGAGAAGCAGAGAGAAAUAUUUCGUUACAGUCAAGCUUGGAAUGGUGCUUAUGUGUUGUACAGACUCUUAAGGAAUAUCUGAAAUCCAUACAAGAUUCUGAGUCUGAUAAAGCUAAUUGGAAACGAACCCACCAGGAUCUAUUAUUGGCUUACUCUAAUCUGGUUGUAAUGAUGCUUUCAAACAGAGAUGUAAAAGAGAGCAGAGAGUCCCUUGAAAGCUUUGAUCGUGCACUUUAUUCAGUGAUACAGCAUGUGACUAGAGAUGAUGAGCUGUCUGUAACCUUCCUGGAAAUGAGAGGUCACUUCUACAUGCAUGCUGGAACUCUGCUCUUAAAAAUGGCCCAACAAAGUGAGGUGCAGUGGAGAGCUGUUUAUGAACUGGCAGCAUUGUGUUACCUUAUAGCUUUCCAGGUUCCUAGACCAAAGUCAAAACUAAUAAAAGGAGAUCAAGCUGAGCAAGAGAAGUUGGAAAUGUUAGCCUGUGACCGACAGAGCCAGUCUGGCCACAUGCUGCUCAGUCUUAGUCAUAGCAAGCACGACUUCUUCAAGGAGAUUGUUGAAUCAUUUGUAAACAAGAGCGGGCAAGCUGCUUUGUUUGAUGCACUGUUUGGGACAGAUUCUUGUAGAAAGAGUUCCCUCCUUGGCACUGAUGAUAUCCGAAAUGUUGGUGUACAAGCACCAGAAAGCAUGGAACUAACCAGAUAUGAUAUUGGUGCCAUUAGGUUGCACAGUGGCAGUCUCCAGCACCUUACGUGGCUUGGUCUACAGUGGAGGUCCACAUCUACUUUGCAAGCCAUUCGCAAGUGGCUAAAGCAGAUCUUUCAUCUGCCUCAGGAAACAUCAAGGCUUGAGACCAAUGCUCCUGAGUCAAUAUGCAUAUUGGACCUUGAAGUAUUUCUACUUGGAGUGAUAUUUGCCAGUCAUUUGCAGUCCCAGGAAACAGAGAAGUUUAAUACUCUGUACACUGUACACCAACCUCAGUUUCUGCCGUUGCCAAUAUGCAAACAGCUUUGUACUGAACGGCAAAGAGAGUGGUGGGAUGCCGUUUAUAAUCUUGUUCACAAACGAGCUGUACCUGGGACAGCAGCAAAAGUGAGACUUAGAGUUCAGCAUGAAAUAAGUAGCCUCAGAGCCUUGGGAAACCAUGGACUCCAACCAGCUCUAAUUAUACACUGGGCAAAAAGUCUUCUUAAAACAGGCUGUAGCCUUAAUUCUUUCUAUGACCAAAGGGAAUACAUUGGACGCAGUGUUUAUUACUGGAAAAAAGUUUUGCCAAUGCUUGAGACAAUCAAGAAAAAGAAAAGUAUUCCUGAGCCAAUUAAUCCUUUGUUCAAGCAUUUUCACACUGAAGAUGUUCAGGCUUCUCAGGUUGAAGGAUACCGAGAGGAAGCACACAUAGCAUUUGCUAUAUUGGAUGCUGUUGAUGGAAAGACAGAUGAUGCUAUGCAGGCAUUUGAAGCUAUUAAAAAUGUUGUCUCGUACUGGAAUCUUGCUCUGAUUUUCCAGAGGAAGGCUGAAGAGAUGGAGAAUGAUGCCCUGUCACCAGAAGAACAAGAAGAGUGCAGGAAUUAUCUAAAGAAAAGCAGAGACUAUCUCAUCAAGAUAGUUGAUGAAAGCGGCACAGAUGCAUCAGUAAUAGAAAAGUUACCUGUAUCUGUAGAAAUGGUUAAGGAGAUGUUGGACGGUGUAUUGCAAGAACUUGGGGACAGCGGUGAAGAAAGGAGUUCUGCCUUAAACAAUGAUCUGAGCCAGCCCACCGAAAUGGAUAAUAAGCAUUCUACUCCAUCACCCACAAAAUUCUCCCUGUCUCCAAGUAAAAGCUACAAGUUCUCUCCCAAAACUCCUCCUCGCUGGGCAGAGGAUCAAAAAUCUCUCCUUCAAAUGCUCUGUCAGCAAGUAGAAUCCAUAAAGCAUGAGAUGCAAGAGCUGAAACUUAACAGUUCGAACGCAAACAUAUCUCAUCGGUGGCCUGCUGAAAGCUAUGCAACAGAGACAAUGCCAGAUGGCUAUCAAGGAGCACAGAACUUUCAUGGAGCACCACUAACAGUUGCUACAACAGGACCUUCUGUCUACUACAACCCAUCACCUGCUUAUAAUUCCCAGUAUCUUCUCCGAACAGCCGCCACCAAUGUGACUCCCACAAAGAUUCCUUCUGGUGCAGAAGCUAAGCCUAUAAAGAGUGGAUUUAAUUUUUCAAUGCCUGUCCCCCCAGGUGGAUUUAAAUUUGGUAUACAAGAGCCUAGCAAAGGUGUUGCAAAAGAUGAACAGAAUAAAGAAGACAGUCUUGUUGAAAAGGACUCCGAGGGAGAGGGUGGUGAAAAAUCUCAAGAUCCGUCUAGCAAACAGAGCGGCAGUUUAGUUUUUGGACAACACAGCAGCACUUUCACUUUUGGAGAUCUUGCAAAAACAACAGCUGGCGAAGGAUUUCAGUUCGGUAAAAAGGACCCAAAUUUUAAGGGAUUUACAGGUGCAGGUGAAAAACUCUUUUCUUCUCAGGGUAAAACUCCUUCCAAAGCAAAUACUUCUGCCGAUCUUGAUAAGGAUGAUGAUUCAUAUAAAACAGAAGACAAUGAUGACAUUCACUUUGAACCUGUUGUCCAGAUGCCUGAAAAAGUGGAACUUGUCACUGGUGAAGAGGACGAGACAGUGUUAUACUCACAAAGAGUAAAAUUAUUUAGGUUUGAUGCAGAGACUAGCCAGUGGAAAGAACGGGGUGUGGGUAACUUGAAAAUUCUUAAGAAUGAAGUUAAUGGCAAGUUGCGGAUGCUAAUGCGACGUGAGCAGGUGCUAAAGGUCUGUGCGAACCAUUGGAUCACGACCACCAUGAACCUGAAACCCCUGUCUGGCUCGGACAAAGCAUGGAUGUGGCUAGCCAGUGACUUUUCUGAUGGUGAUGCAAAGCUGGAGCAAUUGGCAGCUAAAUUCAAAACUCCAGAGCAAGCUGGGGAUUUCAAACAGAAAUUUGAAGAAUGUCAAAGGCUGCUGCUGGACAUACCACUGCAAACUCCGCACAAACUUGUGGACUUUGGGAAAACAGCUGAGCUCAUACAGAAAGCAGAAGAAAUGAAAAGCGGGUUGAAAGAUCUCAAAACUUUCCUGACAGAUGAUAAAACUAAGCUUGCAGAUGAAGAAAACAGAAAUGCGGUUUCUGCUGCUAGCACUUCUGAUUUGAUUAUAAAACCACAUGCUGACAGCACUGGGCCUACAUUAGAAUGGGAUAACUAUGACUUGCGUGGGGAAGCACUGGAAGACGGUUCCAGUAGUUCUGUCUAUGCAUUGCCUCGAGCCAGUAGCCCUGUGAGGAAAAACCUGUUCCGGUUUGGAGAGUCUACAGCAGGGUUUAACUUUAGCUUCAAAUCUGCUCUGAGUCCCUCAAAAUCGCCUUCCAAGCUCAACCAAAGCAGGACUUCUGUAGGCACAGAUGAGGAGUCGGACGUUACCCAAGAAGAUGAAAGAGAUGUUCAGUACUUCGAACCAGUAGUACCUUUACCCGACCUUGUAGAAGUAACAAGUGGUGAAGAAAAUGAGCAAGUUGUCUUCAGUCACCGAGCCAAGCUCUACAGAUACGAUAAAGCUGCCAAUCAGUGGAAAGAGAGAGGUAUUGGGGAUAUAAAGAUCUUGCAGAAUUACGACACUAAGCAAGUUCGUAUAGUCAUGAGAAGGGAUCAGGUGUUAAAGCUUUGUGCCAAUCAUAGAAUAACCCCAGAUAUGAACAUCCAGCCAAUGAAGGGAACAGAGAGGGCAUGGGUGUGGACUGCAUGUGACUUUGCUGAAGGGGAAAGAAAAGUAGAGCCUUUGGCCGUGCGAUUUAAGUUGCAAGAUGUUGCUGACUCCUUUAAGCAAAUUUUUGAGGAAGCAAGAUGCGCUCAAGAAAAAGAAGUUUUAAUCACACCGCUCAGUUCACGUGCUAAUACUCCAAAAGAAUCUCCAUGUGGAAAAAUUGCUGUUGCCAUACUGGAAGAAACCACCAGGGAGAGAACAGAUUUAAAGCUAAAAGAAGAGACAGUUAAUGAAAUAGUAGAAACGUCAGUAGUGCUAAAUACUUCUGAGACGCCAACAAAAGCAGUGGUUUCACCUCCCAAAUUUGUGUUUGGCUCAGAAUCUGUCAAAAGUAUUUUUAAUAAUGAGAAAUCAAAGCCUUUCACAUUUGGAAACACAUCAGCAACAGGAUCUUUAUUUGGUUUCAGUUUUAAUGCUCCUCCCAAGAGCCCGAGUGAUAGUUCAGUAUGUCAAACCACAGUACAGAAAGAACCAGGGGACAUGUUUGGCACUGUAAACUGCAAAGCUGCUGGACAUCAGGGAGGUGGUGGCUGGAAACCCUCUGAUGGCAAAGACAUUCAAAUGGCUACCUCCAAAAUGGAAGGACUUUCUAACUUUUCAUUUAAAAUUCCAGAAAAAGGAUUAAAUUUUAGCCUUUUUAAAUCUAACCCAAGGGCCUUUUGGACCAGCACAUCUUCCUCUCCACCUGGUAGUAAAGCUGAGGUUAAGAAGGAACCAGAUACUGUUACUUCAGAUGAUGUAUUGAUUGUUUAUGAAUUAACACCCACUCCUGAACAAAGAGUUCUUGCAGACUCCCUUAGAUUACCACCAACAUUCUUCUGCUACAAGAACAAACCUGGCUAUCUAAGUAGUGAUGAUGAUGAUGAUGAGGACUAUGAAACAGCAGUGAAGAAUCUUAAUGGAAAGUUGUAUCCUAAUGAACCUAAAGAACCCACAAGGUCAAAGGAAACCGAUGGAGGUAUCACAAGAGAAAAUGAGGCAGAAAGUGGAAGUGAUUGUGUUCUAGUCUGGGAAAAGAAACCGACUCCUGAAGAAAAGGCUAAAGCAGAGACACUGAAGCUUCCUCCAACAUUUCUCUGUGGUAUUAGCAGUGAUACUGAAGAAGACAAUGACAACUUGGAAGACUUUCAAACAGAACUUAAAAAAAUUCAAGAAACUAAAGAAGCUCAAACAGGUGAAUUCACAAGUUCAGGUGAUGCGAAGACCACUAUGGAAGGUGCACCUGUUGCAGCCGCCAGUAGAAAUGAAGAAUCAUACUCUGCUACAGAAUCUAUACAGAUGACACAUACUUUAUUGGAAACAGAUGAUACACCUGUUGAUUUGUCAACUAAAAAAGAAAAUGCUCAAGGUUCUUCAGCGUCCACCACCCAGGAAAACCAGCCUUUCUCGUUUGACCUUGGCAACAUACAUGGCUUGUCUUUUGCUGAUUUGGCCUCAAAUAAUUCUGGGGAUUUUGCUUUUGGCUCUAAAGACAAAAACUUCAAGUGGGCAGAUACAGGAGCAACUGUGUUUGGAGCACAGCCAGCUUCCAAAGGAGAGAAUGAAGAAGAUGGAAGUGAUGAAGAAGUUGUACAUAGUGAUGAUAUUCAUUUUGAACCAAUAGUGUCUCUGCCAGAGGUUGAGGUGAAGUCAGGAGAAGAAGAUGAAGAAAUUCUUUUCAAAGAGAGGUCAAAACUCUACAGAUGGGACAGAGAAGUCAAUCAGUGGAAAGAACGUGGUGUGGGAGAAAUAAAAAUCUUGUUCCAUACACAGAAGAAAUGCUAUAGAGUUUUAAUGAGAAGGGACCAAGUUCUUAAAGUCUGUGCAAACCAUAUAAUCACAAAAGCAAUGGAAUUAAAACCCUUGAAUACCUCAAACAAUGCUAUGGUUUGGACUGCUACAGAUUAUGCGGAUGGUGAAGCUAAAGUAGAACAGCUGGCAGUCAGAUUUAAAAGCCAAGAACUAGCUGAUACCUUCAAGAGGAGGUUUGAAGAGUGUCAACAAAGUUUAUCAGAGCUACAGAAAGGCCACGUAUCCCUAGCAGCAGAACUGUCAAAAGAAACUAACCCUGUGGUAUAUCUUGACAUUUCUACUGACAAUGAACUUCUAGGUCGUAUAACCAUGGAAUUGUUUUCAAAUAUUGUUCCUCGAACAGCGGAGAACUUCAGAGCACUGUGCACAGGAGAAAAAGGAUUUAGUUUAAGAAACUCCACAUUUCACAGAAUAAUUCCAGGUUUUGUCUGUCAGGGAGGUGACAUCACUAAACAGGAUGGUACCGGAGGACGAUCUAUUUACGGAGAUAAAUUUGAGGAUGAAAACUUCGAAAUAAAACACACUGGCCCUGGCUUACUGUCCAUGGCAAAUCGUGGCAGAGACACCAAUAAUUCUCAGUUUUUUAUUACUCUAAAAAAGGCAGAGCACUUGGACUUUAAACAUGUUGUAUUUGGGUUUGUGAAGGACGGCAUGGAUGUUGUGAAGCAAAUAGAAUCUUUUGGCAGUCCUAAAGGAACAGUGUCAAAAACAAUUGUGAUUACAGACUGUGGGCAAAUAUAAAAAUUACUGUGAGACGUAUGUGGAUGGAAAGAAAUCAGCAUUCAACAGAUCUAGACAAAAUUAUGUUCAGUUUUUGAAAAGCUGAACACUUUUAAUGUAUAAAUGUAAAUUUACAGCAUAUAGCUGAGUACUUUUUUAAAGUGUUCUAAUGGAAUUUGCAUGUUAUUAAAUAAACGCUU